AUGGCCCCGGCGCCGCGCGCCCUCGCCCUCCUCGCCCUGGCGGCCGCGCCGCGGGCGGCCGCGCUCCUGCGGGCCCCGGGCGCCGCGCCCGGCGCGCCCGCCCAGAACGGCAGCCUCCAGGGCCUGCUCGAGGGCCUGCAGCACGCCGCGCAGGGCUCGGGCGACCCGGGCGUCCAGAAGCUGUUCGAGCUCGUGCCCGGCCUCGAGGGCGCGCUCCAGGGGCCGGACGCGGGCUGGGGCGCCCUCCUCGCCCUGGCGGACGCGCCCUGGGCGGCCAAGCUCCAUGCCGAGGGCGCGGACGGCGCGGACGGCCGCGAGCUCCACGCGGGUCCGUCGAGAGACGCGGACGGCCACGAGGAGGUGGACCUCGGAGACGGGCUGGUCCUCACGCGCCUCGAGCCAGGGGACAACAGGACCUCCCCCGUGGACGGCGACCAGGUCUCCCUGGAGUACGCCGCCUACUCGAACUUCGGGACCCCCGUCGCCCUGGAGCGCGACGACGACAUCGUCUCGCUGGAGUUCGACAAGCGCGCCUUCGAGCCUCUGAACUUCACGCUGGGGGACCAGGCCGCCAUCCCGGGGCUCGCCCGGGCGGCGAGGCGCAUGACCCUCGGGGAGCGCGCGCCCGUCUCGCUGCCGGAGCCGCUCCUCUACCCCGUCGCGCCCACCGGGGAGUUCCCUCCGGACGACGUGCUGCUCUUCCACGUGACCCUGCGCCGGGUCGGCUCCACGGAGGUGCUCGUCCACCGCUGGCCCUACGUCUUCGCGGUGGCGAGCCGGGACAUCUUCGCCGAGGAGGAGCUCACCAUAGACCACGGGGAGGGCUACUGGGCCGCGCAGCGGGCCGCCCUGGCCCGCGUGCGCGAGGUUGGCAGGACCCCGGGUCGGGCCGGCGCGCCCCCGGUGCCGUUGCGGCCGGGGCUCAGGCCGCGGGGGCCCGAGGCGCAGCUCUCGCGGGCCGUGGGGCGCGGGCUCGGGGCCCGAGCCGAGUUCUGGAUGGAGGACCAGGAGCCCAAGUACGAGCUCUACCCGCUCGGCGAAGACAAACCGCGGGAAGAUGGCUCUCAGAAGUUCACCGGCCAGGCCAAGGCGAAGUUCCUCAACGGGGACGUCUACGACGGCACCUUCGUGGAGGGCAUGCGACGAGGCAAGGGAACCUACGUCUUCAAGAAGUUUGGGGAUGUGUACGAGGGCCACUACGAGGAGAACAGGAAGAGCGGCUUCGGGAAGAUGACCUACAAGAACCUCAAGGGCGAGGACGACGAAGAAGAGGCGGAGGACGAGGAGGCGGGCGCCGUCCCGCGCGGCGGCUCGUACGUGGGCAACUACUCCGGGGGCCUCCGGGGCUGCGGGGCGGAGGAGGACGUGGCGGCCACGGCGUCCGACGGCACGUUCAACUACGCGAACGGCGACAUCUACGUCGGGCAGUGGAAGGCGGGCAAGAAGCACGGCAUGGGAACCUACACCUACGCCAAGGACAGCACCACGCUGUCAGGGCAGUGGGAGAAUGGCAAGAUCGUCACAGGCAAGUGGACGCUCCCCAGCGGUAUCUUCUACUGCGGCAAGUUCCGUUAUAACAAGCCCUUCGGCAAAGGCGUUUGGGUGUUCAAGGACGGGAACCAGGUGACCGGCGAGUACCAGCAGAAGGAGCAGCCCCGUGACGACGAGGACGCCGGCGAGGAGGAGGAGGAGGGUGCGCCGCCGAAGCCGGACCCGAAGGUCUGGUGCAACUUCAAGCCCGUCUCGUGCGUCGCGGUGCGCGGCGGCACGAUGUUCUGACCCGGGCGGGCGCGCGCCACGCGGGGGAGGUCGGGGUGACCGCCCAAUGGGACCCCCCGAUCGUUGCGCGCGAAGCGGUAGUAGCGUCCUGCGCGCCUUUGUCUGGCC